AUGAAAGCCAUUAUUCUCGUCGGGGGUUUCGGAACCCGCCUACGGCCUCUGACGCUCACCUACCCGAAGCCGCUCGUCGAGUUCGCCAACAAGCCUAUGAUCCAGCACCAGAUCGAGGCCCUGGCCGCUGCUGGUGUCACAGAUGUAGUGCUCGCAGUCAACUACCGCCCAGAGAUCAUGGCCGAGGCGCUGAAGACGUACGAGAAGCAAUACAAUGUCACCAUCACCUUCUCCGUCGAAACGGAGCCCCUCGGUACCGCCGGGCCCCUCAAACUUGCCGAAAAGAUCCUAGGCAAGGACGAGUCGCCCUUCUUCGUCCUCAACGCCGACGUUACCUGCGACUACCCCUUCAAGCAGCUCGCCGACUUCCACAAGCACCACGGUGACGAGGGCACAAUCGUCGUCACAAAGGUCGAGGAGCCGUCCAAGUACGGUGUUGUUGUGCACAAGCCCGGGUCCGCCUCCAAGAUUGACCGUUUCGUCGAGAAGCCCGUCGAAUUCGUUGGGAAUCGCAUCAAUGCCGGUAUCUACAUCCUCAACCCAUCCGUCCUCCAGCGCAUUGAGCUCAGACCCACGUCGAUCGAGCAGGAGACGUUUCCUGCCAUUGUCAAGGACGGCAAGUUACAUUCGUUCGACCUGGAAGGCUUCUGGAUGGAUGUCGGACAGCCCAAGGACUUUCUGUCGGGUACCUGUCUCUACCUUUCGUCGCUCGCCCGCAAAAACUCAAAGCUUCUUACCCCAGCAUCAGAGCCCUUUGUCUACGGCGGCAACGUCUUGAUUGACCCAUCAGCCAAGAUUGGCAAGAAUUGCCGCAUUGGCCCCAACGUCACUAUCGGCCCCAAUGUUGUCAUCGGUGACGGUGUACGGCUACAGCGAUGCGUUCUAUUGAAGAACAGCCGUGUCAAGGACCAUGCUUGGGUCAAGUCGACUAUUGUCGGCUGGAACAGCACCGUCGGCAAGUGGGCGCGUCUGGAAAACGUGACUGUCUUGGGCGACGAUGUCUCUAUCGGUGACGAGGUCUACGUCAACGGUGGCUCUGUUCUGCCCCACAAGUCUAUCAAGCAGAACGUUGACACUCCCUCGAUUAUCAUGUAA